AUGGAUGUUUGCCAGCACGAGCCGGGAUCGUUUGCAUCCGGGCAAACACAUCAGGAAGACCCUGCUACUGAGCAGGCUUUGCCUAAUGCUGUGCCUCAGCCUGAUGCAGCUCCUGAAGAAGACAUUGACGAGGGCAGGGCCGCCUAUCGACCUGGCGGUUUCCAUUCGGUAUACAUUGGCGAUGUCUUUGACGAAAGAUGGAAAGUUUUGAACAAAAUCGGAUAUGGCCGCUACUCGACUGUGUGGCUUGUCAGGGAUUUACAAGCCAGCGCUGCGUACUACGGCCCAGGCAAAGAGACGUUUGAGAUGGAUAUUCUUACCCAUCUUCGCGAUGGAGAUAAGAGCCAUCCGGGCUAUCCCUUUGUCUGCCACCUUCUUCACGACUUUCAGCAUCAAGGCCCGAAUGGCACACACAAAUGCUUUGUCUUUGAACUCAUGGGAGAGACACUCCGCAGCUUUGGCACCUUGUUUCGUGAAAACAUGAUACCAGAGCCGGUCAUGCGGAAGUUCAUAAUACAGCUUCUUGUAGCACUUGAUUUCGCUCAUGACCACAGCGUUGUCCAUACAGAUAUCAAGCCCGAUAACAUUUUUGUCAAGUUUCACGUUACUCGCGUGAUCGAGUUCGAUGUGGCGCUAGGUGACUGGGGACGAACUACCCUUCGCUCUCCUGAGGUCCUCAUCGGUGCUCAUUGGGACGCAUCUACUGACUGGUGGAACUUGGGCGCUGUAGUUUUGGAAGUCUACCGGGCUGUGCGAAUGUUCGACGGCAGAGGCCCUCCCGACGGACGAUACUACGUUAAGGAACACCUCUUUGAGAUUGUUGACCUCUUCGGGCCAUUCCCGAAGAGCUUUCUCGACAAAGGGAAUCAAGAGCUUGUCCAUGAUCUGUUCGACAAUGAGGGGCGUAUAAAGGAUCACGAGCCUUUUACCCGUCCCGGCCUCUCAUCUGAGGCUUUUAUGCUUGGUUUAUCACAGGAACAGAGAGAUGAUUGCGCCUCGUUUCUCAAAUUCUUGAUGAAGAUUGAUCCUGCAGAGCGUCCGUCGACAACGGAUCUUUUGCGACAUCCUUGGCUGAAUGCAUUACCACCAGCUAAAUGA